UCAUCUCUCCUCCUUCUCUGCAUCUGCGCUUUUACAAGACUCCCGGCUUCUUCUAUCCCGACUAUCCCCAGUGACUGAUCACUCAUCGCAAAGCCGUGAGCUGUCCUUCUUCUUUUGUCGGAGUUCGAACCUCAUUCUGAGCUGCUGGUAGUCUACCGCUUGAGCCCCUGAGCGCUGGACUCUUUAGCUUUCUUCUUCCCGAUACAAGCAGAUCAUCGAGGGGACCUUGCGCGGAGUCAAAAGGACUGGAAAUUAUUUAGCCCUCUCACAUCAACGUACCGCAUGGUGGGAAUUUCUGCCUCUUUUCAGUAUCGCACUGGGAAGCGCUCCACCAUGCCCGACUCACCUGCGGACGUCAAGACACAGUCCAGGUUGACCCCCCCUACCAUGCCUCCCCCACCCAGCACGCAAGGAGCACCCCGUAACAGCUCCUACACCCCCACCACAUUAACCAAUGGCAGCAGCCACUCCCCUACGGCGCUCAACGGCGCUCCGUCUCCUCCAAACAGCUACAGCAAUGGUCCCAGCUCCUCAUCCUCAUCCUCGCUGGCCAACCAGCAGCUGCCGCCGGCCUGCGGCGCCCGGCAGCUCAGCAAGCUCAAGCGCUUCCUCACGACUCUCCAGCAGUUUGGCAACGACAUCUCACCUGAAAUCGGCGAGCGGGUCCGCACAUUAGUGCUCGGACUAGUGAAUUCCACACUAACCAUCGAAGAAUUUCACUCCAAGCUCCAAGAAGCCACCAACUUCCCUCUGCGGCCCUUUGUCAUACCCUUUCUGAAGGCCAACCUGCCGCUCCUUCAGAGGGAGCUGCUGCACUGUGCCAGGCUAGCCAAGCAGAACCCAGCUCAGUACCUGGCCCAGCAUGAGCAGCUGCUCCUGGACACCAGCACCACCUCCCCAGUGGACUCCUCCGAACUCCUGCUGGACGUCAACGAGAACGGCAAGAGAAGGACGCCAGACAGAACCAAAGAGAACGGCUUCGAGCGAGAUGGUGCCCUCCACCCGGAUGUGCACCCUAGCAAGCGGCCCUGCACCAUAAGCCCCGCCCAGCGCUUCAGCCCGUCCAAUGGGCUCUCCUACCAACCCAACGGCCUGCCCCACCCGGGCCCGCUCCCUCCACAGCACUACAGACUGGAUGACAUGGCCAUCGCCCAUCACUACCGUGACAACUACAGACACCCCCCCACCAAUCAUCGGGAGAUCCGGGAGAGGGCCAGGCCUAUUGGUAUGCAUACAGGGACCAGGCAGGAGGAAGUGAUUGACCACAGGCUGACCGACAGAGAGUGGGCUGAGGAAUGGAAACACCUUGACCAUCUGCUGAACUGUAUCAUGGACAUGGUGGAGAAGACGCGGCGCUCACUGACAGUACUGCGUCGCUGCCAAGAGGCCGACCGCGAGGAGCUCAACUACUGGAUCCGACGAUACAGCGACGCUGAAGAGCUGAAGAAGGGAGCCGCUGGUGGGCAGUCAAGGCAGCAGAGCCCGGCAGCACAGGACAACGCAACACCAGAAAUUCACAGAGAGCUGCUACACCGGCCUGUGUCUGGAUACGUACCUGAAGAGAUCUGGAAGAAAGCUGAAGAGGCUGUGAAUGAGGUGAAGCGACAGGCUGUGUCAGAGUUGCAGAAGGCCGUCUCAGAGGCCGAGCGCAAGGCGCACGAGAUGAUCAGCACCGAGCGAGCCAAGAUGGAGCGUACGGUAGCAGAGGCCAAGCGACAGGCAGCCGAUGAUGCGCUCUCCGUAAUAAACCAACAGGAAGACUCCAGCGAGAGCUGCUGGAACUGCGGCCGCAAAGCCAGUGAGACGUGCAGCGGCUGCAACACGGCGCGCUACUGCGGCUCCUUCUGCCAGCAUAAGGACUGGGAGAAGCACCACCAUGUCUGUGGUCAGACCCUCCAGGCCCAGCAGCAACAGCAACAGCAGCAGCAGGCCAGCCAACAACAAGGAGGUGUGCCAGGGUCAGAGACCCCCGCUCCCAUCAGCUCCUCCGCCUGCACCCCGAGCAGCGGAACUGGGAGUCCGGCUGCUACCCCGCCUGCUGCGACCCCUCGAUCCUCCACCCCCAGCACCCCGUCCUCCUCUGCCCUGGAAGGCACACCACGCUAAGAGACUCAGACAGAGGAUGGAGGCAAAGGCCUGCAGGGCUUAACAGCCAGCCCUCAACCCCACAAACAGCAUGACUGUCUACAUUGCCUUUCAAAGAUACUAAGCUAACGUGGCUAACAGGAAGAGAUGGCAAUACUUGCAGCGUAGUCAUACAAGGAGGAGGAGGAGGUCCACAAUCAGGUCAUAUUGACUUGCCAUGACUUUAAAGAAACACAAAGAUAUUCUUUGUUUUGAAUGAAUGAAUUUAAAUAUUGACAUCCUUUUAUCGUUACACUUGCUGUUCUUGUUGUCCGUUUGUCGUUGUGCCUGUUGUUGUUAAUGUUGUUGUCAUUGUAGCUUAUCUUAUUUUUUCCUGUAAAUAUUAAGAGACCGAGCUGAGAUACCCGUGAACUCAAGACAAGUAUAUCUCCCCUUUUUUAAACGUUUUUAUUUUCCAUCCUUGAAUUAAUGCUUAUUUCCUUCCUGUACCUGGGACAUGAGACAAAUCAACCUUGUUUUACCAAACAGCAUACCAAGGGAACAUAACUAGCUAGCAGAACGAGUGAAGUCAUCAAUACUCUUUGUAAAGAAAGAUAUUCGAUACCCUGAAAGACAAACCAACGGAGAGAUGGUUAAACAAGUUUGCUGCCUGGAGAGAGGAGAGUAACGGACUCUAACUCUGGCCCACAGACUGCCAUGAAACCGGCAGAUGUGCUGCAGAUUGCAAGCGGAGCCAGCUGUUCAACCAAUGUUAUUUCCCUCUCACUUGUAAUAAUAUCCAGGUCAGUGGGCUGGGAAAUACAAAUCAGUCUCCCUGAAGGACAUAAAAGAAAUAAUUCUUGGACAAAAUACAAAACUUUGCCCAAUGCACAUGUGGAGGAUGUACUGACUACAAUUUGCGCAUGCAUGCUUGGUGGGUAACAGAAGCUCUGAAACAGGAAGUGAAGUCAUCGUCCCACCGGCGAGACUAUCAAAUCACCAUGACAGCAGCCGCUGGGCCACUCAGAGCUGGAAACCUACAGUGUGGAGGAGUCAGUAGGAAGCGCAUUCAGCACUCAACACACUCCCCUCCUGUCUCAACUCUUAAAAACAUUUCCAUCUUUCUUCAUGUUUUCUUAUUCUUUUUCUGUACAUGUCAUGGUGUUAAAGGCUUCUGUCCUGUGGUGUCACAAUGGUUAUUUAUUGUAUGUGUGUUGGACAAUUGUGACAAUGCAUAGUACUUCAACCAGUCACAACUCUAAGUCCAUCAGAACUCUCGCUCUCUCUAGCAAAACGAGAUAAAAAAAGAAGUGUUAUCUUUUUUCCAAGCUGCUUUUCUAUUCUGUGUGUAAGUGGUAGAUCCCUCGUAGUUCUAUAAGUUUCACUUCCCUUUGUCCUCAAGAAAAGACACUAGCUAUAUCUCAGAGCUGCUACUUGAGUCCGAUCCAGAUCUUUUCUGAGAACUAGCAUGUUGCGCAGAAUGCUAACCUAAAUGUUUUGUACAAGGGACAUACAUAAAUGUAUUUGCACUGUCACAGAGGUUAUUUCGGCAUGUUUUUUUUAGCAUACUUGUGUUGUUGGUAUGGAGCCAUAACUCAUCAACCAUUUUGUAUG